UGUGCGGCGCCGCCGCUGUGCACAGGCCACAUCUCCUCGCCCUCCUCGACAUCUCCGGCCAAGGCGCUCACUUCUCCGGCCCUCCUCCACAUCUCCUCGCCUCCACCCCAUCCACUUCCUGUCGAAGACUGCGGCAACGGAGCUCGGCGGCUGCGGCCCUUCUCCAAGACUGCAGCAUGGUGCUUGGCGGCUGCGGCAACGGAGCUGAUGGAGCGCGAGCCGACCAGUUCAACGGAGGCAGUAGCACGGGGCAGCGGCAGCAGCAUGGAGGGCGUCCGCUUGACUGGAAAGAGAAUGUAUUUGUUGAUAGUGAGAGUGAGGAUAAUGAUGGGGUGAGUGAGGAUGGGGAAGAUGCUCCAUCCAUGCAUGAUCAGCAAGAGGCGCAAAUGCAAGUGGAAAAAGAGACACAAAUUCAAAUGGAAAAGGACGCACCUCCAAGAGAUGGCAAUUUGGAGACCCGUAGAUCUGUACGGCUUGUCAAGAAGAAGACCAAGGGCGUCAACAGCCUAUACCCUGUUGCUUAGAAAUCUGUUGGCAAGUCUCUUCUUUCUAGUGUUUUAUGAUUCAUGAUAAUUGCUUAGAAAAUUUUAGUUACUUGGAGCUGCUAGUUUCUUAGAUGUAUACACUUUCUAUCCAUGCCUAGCCUUCGUUGUCAUGUUAAGCAAUGUAUUUAUGUUAUCCUGAAAUGUUACCACUUGACUAUUGUUGCACUAGACACCUCCAUGUUAGUCCAUUUUAUUUCAUUAUGCACAAAGUGGAAGAAGAAAAUUCUGAUGUUGAACUACAUCCAUCCUGAUUUUCCUUUUGUAUGACAAUU